AUGUCCUUUUACGAUAUACUUCAAAGUGUUAUGGCUAUGGUCGCUCGAGGAAGCUCUGUCAAACCAGAGAAUGAAAGAGUUAAAAUCAGUUACGAUGAAACCAAUCAAAGAGUCCGAGAGAUAACUAAUUCUCCAAUAAUACCUCAACCAGGGCAAAAAAUGUAUGAAGUGAUUUAUCUACAUCAAACUAAAAAGGAGUAUAGAAUCAACCUAGCAACAAGAAAAUGUAACGUGUCCACAAUUACACGACCUUUCAUGUCUGUAGGAAUUCCACCAAAUGCCACCUUCAAUGGAUUUGCAUCCUUUGGUAUUCAUGCUAUCUCUGGACAGAGUUUGGAUAUACAAGACUGGGAAACAUCAGUAUAUGACAACAGGUUCUCUGUCGUACUAACUAAUGACUGUGUCCCUGUUCAGUAUACACAUUACAUACCUCCAUCGAGUACUAUCGUGUCAACGUACUUCGACAUAAAUCUUGGAAUAAACGAUGAAAGUGUUUUCACGCCUCCAUCGGAAUGUAACUAA